GUUCCAAAUUGACAGCCCACCUCACCAGCUUUGUUCCUUAUCUUUUUCUCUCGUACCCAACAGCCGACGCCACCAUUUUUUUUGCCCCUUUAAUGAGUUCCUAUCACCCGCUUCUAAAACUUAUAAUUACAUUAAGUCAAUCGUUAAGAUUAAAACACGUCAUUCACAAGUUUUGGUGAUACUGGCGUGGAGAACUUUGAUUGGUUUGUAAGUCGUAAUGAGAAACAGCAGAUAGAACCUCCUGUUCUUGGAACCAAACACCGAAUCAGAGAAAAUAAAAAAUGGAAAAACCAGUAAGGAAGGUGAAAACUGCAAAAAGGUGAAAAGAGAGAGGAGAGGAAAGGAAAGACGAAGGGAAGAGAAGAGAGAAAUCCAUUCUACGUCUCUUCUCUCUCUUCUCUCUUUUGCUUCUCUGUUUCCUUUCUUUUUCAUCCUUCUUUGCUGCUCCUUAGCAACGAAGAGAGAAGAGAACAAGGAAAAGAAAAUCCACCCAUUUUGCAAAUCUCUUCAUAGUACUACUUAUAGUUUAUAAUUUUAUUUUGGGUUCUAAGUGUUGAAGGGUGAAGAGGAUGAUGGUUGCGAACAGUUUCGAUUUAUGGCAAAAAGAUGCCUUCUUUUCUGCAGCAGAAGAGGUCCAAGAAUCUGCUGAUAUAAUGGAAUCAGCAUACAGGAUGUGGAUCAAAGAGAGGAGAGAAGGGCUAAAAACUGCAGAUUCUGCUGAACUCUGUAGAGAACUGCAAACGGCUUUAGGUACUGCUAAAUGGCAGUUGGAAGAGUUUGACAGAGCUAUAAGGUUGAGCCGUGGACAUCGUAGUGAUGAUAUUACAGCAAAUAGGCAUAGACAAUUUAUUACUGCCAUUGAGAGUCAGAUUUACCGUGUAGAAGCUGCGUUAAAACAAGCAUUCAUCGAGGAGGGAAAGCAGCCACUUCGGUGGGUAAAUUUGGAUGAAGAGGAAUGUGAUGAUUUAGCAAUGUUCCUUUCUGGAACCUCUCCAAGCUUGCAACCAUCUGUGGCGAACACUCUUUUGGAGAAUUGUCAUAGGGGAAAGGACACAGACCCUAAUUUCAAUGCUACUUGUAAUGGAAAAAUGUCUGAAGUGAAAAUUUUUAAAGAUUCUGGUAAAGAUGUUGAGUGUGUCAUUGAUGUAGAAGAUGAGGACAGUUCUGGAAGAACAACUGGUACAAGGAGAACAUGGAGUUCACCAAAUUUUGGUGCGUUGAAAAUUGUAAUUCCUGAUGAAUAUGAAGAUAGAAGCCAAAUCAGGUCAGAUAUUGAGUCCACUCCUAGAGAAAAAGGAUCAAAGCCUUUCUUCCGUAAGCAAAGGUGUGGAGAACUUCGUCAGGCCAAGGGUGCAUUUAAUUUAUUCAAUCAGUGUUUUGGCUGGGUUGGUGGGUUACACAAACAUCUGCAGAGUCCAGUGCAGUUGCAGUUUAGUUGCUCAAUGCAACUUACACUUGCUUUAAUGAUAGCUGUUUUUCUAAUUGUUCCUUUUGUACUUUAUUCAAGUUGAAAGCAAGUGGCUGCUAUGUGCUGUUGAUCAAGACAAAAGGUGUUGGAUCUAUUUCCUCUGGCUUGGGAAUCCCUUCAGGGGUGAAGAAAGUGAUUCUAAAUUUCUUCCCAGUUGUUUUCGAGAUCCGGGAGCCGGGUGAAACUUCCUCUCAAGAUGUCAUGGCGCUAGCUUGGACAAAAGUUGGAUGUCGUACUAGUUUUCCUUCCCACACAUGCUGUAAAUGCAUUGAUAGAAUCUUAAAAACAUGUAAGCUUGCAAGAGUAUUUGCUUGCAUGGACAGUAUUCCCAAGUGAACUUUGAUGCAUAUACUAGAAAAAUAAUACAUUAAGAAGGGUUGUCAAUUGUAGCAUUGGGGACUUACCCAACCCUUUAUAAAGGAUGGUUUGGCCUUACAUUUACUUGGAAUUAAUAUUGGAAGGCUUGUCUUGGUUGUCAUUGCUUCAAAUUUAGUGAAAUAUAUGUCAUUUUAUGAGUAUCAAUUCACCAACUUUUUAUUGAAUUUUUCAUCGUCUAUUAGUUUGGUGAGCCAGCCAAGUUGUCAAACCUUUACCUUUACUUUGAAGUUUGAACUCACCAAGAGGCUUGGCAAUCAAUUUCUUGGCACAAUGUUAUAUUUUGAGGUUUAAAGGAGUAAAAACGCUAGCCAAUGAUAACUCCACCAAAGAAGCAUGUAUAAUGUUCAAAAACUGAUACUAACCAAAGACCGACUUGGGAACCUUGAACGCGUUGCAUCCCAAUUGAAGAUCAGAUCAAAUCCACAAUUUUCUUAUUUUUCGAGCUUUUCUUUGCCUACUGCUUUAUGUUGUGAUCCUUAACCCAGCAAUCUCAUGAAAAGGUGGGAUAAAUAACCCAGACUUGUCUAACCCACAUCGAGGAGGAGAUGCUAAUUUUCGCUUCUUUUAAGUUGAGGAUGGAACGACGAACGCUAACCGUGGGGGUGUGGGGCAGGGAGUAAUCUCGGUAACUUCAAACCCUAAACCACGCCUCGGUUCGGGGUAUAACAACAGGGGGGGUCUUUCUCUGGUGCUUCCCCCGUGUGGUCAAAAAAAGAAGCACCAAUGCUCUACGAGUUACUACUCCCAGUGGCUUUCCUUCCCUCACUGUCCCUCAAGAGGAGUAGCAGGCCGGGCUGGGUGCGUUAGCUCACGUGCUAACAGCUAUCAGGUCCUCGCCUCUUGGCCA